UAGAAACUAAAAAGUUUGCUCUCACCUAAAGAGUAGUUUGUUUUUGUUUUUAAGGUGUACAAAGCCGAACACUGUAAAAGGUGUAGUGAGUGAGUAGGACACUGCAAAGUACAAAAAAUGUGGUGAUAGUAACUAAGACUAAGUGACAAAGCUGUUGAAUGUACCUAAAAUACUGUUAUGGAAUGUAAUAUUAUAAUCAAACUAUUGGUCACCUUCAUGGUAAAAAACCAAGGAUUAUAAUUGGUUAUAACAGCAUAAAUGUGCAUCAGAUGAGAAAUCAUCUUGAAUUACUUUCUGACCAAGUCAAUAAGGUAAGGAAUUUUCCUAUGUGCUUUUCAUUUCUUUAUUCUUAUAUAGUUUAAGAAGUUAGCUUUGGUGUUGAUUUUCAAUUCACUCAAACAUCAUUUGAUAAAACUAUUUUCAAACAGAUUGCUGUCACUAUAGACAUGUUUGGAGGAGAUAGCAGGAUUACUGAAAUCCCAGAUGUGGAUUCAGAUGUUGAAUCCAAGAAGGAGAAAGAGUGUCCGAUUUCAUUAGCAGCUUUUGAGAUCCUAAGGAAGUAUAGCAGUGGAGUAAAGAAGAUGAAGCGAGAUAGUGUUAUGGAAGAACCGAGUUGUGAUACAACAAGCAAUGAAGGGAUGAAAUUGUCAACAGAUGACAUUUUGAGAAUUGCUGGAACAAGAUUCAUUCAAUGUUUCGAUUCUCAUCAUGCUGCUGAUCAAGCUCCUUUCAUGAUGCUCAGACACCCUUUUGAAUCAUCCUUCUAUGGCCUUUCCAUUGAAGAUACUAAAGAUGUUGAGCUUGUGGAGUUUCUUCUUUCAUCUGCUCAGAAAGUAGAAUGUCAACAGUUCGAACGAGGGAGCAAAUUGCUUAGCCAUUGUGAGCUGUUAUGUUCUGCAACAGGAAAUCCAGUUCAAAGAGUGGUUUACUAUUUCUGUCAAGCUCUUAGAGAAAGGAUUGAUAGAGAAACCGGACGACACAUAGUGUUGAGUUUGCAGUCAAUUCAGCAGACAUUUCAGCAGUUUAAUCUGGAUGAAGCGAUGGUGACUAUAACCGCCACUUACCAUGCAAUUCACCAGGACAUUCCAUUUUGUCAGCUUUCUAUCUUUGCAGGAAUUCAAGCCAUUAUCGAGAAUGUCAAGGAAGCGAAGAAGAUUCACAUAAUCGACCUUGGAAUAAGGAGCGGUUCACAAUGGACUAUCCUGAUGCAAGCUCUUGCUUCAUCUUGUCAUGAAUCUCAACUUGAGCUUCUCAAGAUUACUGCUAUUGGAACUACUUCAAAACCUGCAAUUGAGGAAACAGGAGAGAGAUUGUUGAGUUUUGCCAAGACCAUUAAUAUACCUUUGUCUUUUAAGAUAGUGAUGGUAUCAGACAUGUCAGAUCUUAAACAAGACCUUUUCGAGCUAGAUUCUGAUGAGGCAGUAGCUGUUUACUCUUCACAUGUACUUAGGAGCUUGCUUCCAGAGCCUGAUAAAAUGGAAUCUUUAAUGAAAGUGGUAAGGAACUUAGAUCCAUGUGUGAUGGUUGUAACCGAAAUGGAAGCAAACCACAACUCGCCUUUUUUUGUUAACCGUUUCAUUGAAGCCCUUUUCUUCUAUGGCACACUAUUUGAUUGCAUUGACUUUUUCAUGGAAAGAACUGAGCCAAAUCGGAUGGUGAUUGAAGCAACUUAUUGUUGUCAGGCAAUCAGAAACAUUGUGGCUGCAGAAGGAGAAGAGAGAAAGAUAAGAAAUGUUAAGAUUGAUGUGUGGAGAGCUUUCUUUGGGAGGUUUGGAAUGGAAGAGCUUGAAUUGAGUUCAUCAUCUAUAUACCAAGCUAAUCUCAUUGUUGACAGAUUCUCAUGUAGGACUUACUGUACUCUUGAGAUGAAUGGAAAAUGCCUUGUGUUGUGUUGGAAGGGUACACCAGUUCUAUCUCUUUCUGUUUGGAGAUUCCAUUGAUAUUGUAACAAUAUGAACUUGUUCAAAAAGUUAUAAGAGCAUUCAAAGUUGACAUAUUACCUUACCAACAUAUAUUUUAUCUUUGAUUAUCUGA